AUGGCCAGUGUAUCGGUGUCAACCCCUGUGAAAACCCAUCAUGGGCUUUUUUCAUCGAAGACUGCCGGAGGCCGUAUGCCUCUGACCCCGUCUCCUCGUACUAGCCUGAUCGGUGCAACUGCAAACCUCUCCAACCACUCCUCGCCCUAUACCCCACCUCGCCAGUCUGCAGAUGGAAGCAAAGGCCAGUCUCAGUCUAUUUAUGGGGGAAACCUCGCCUCUUAUUUCGCCAAGUCGAUGUCCAGGGCAUCUCGGCACUACCGCGAGUCUCCUAAAUCGAACAUCGCACGGUCUCGCAAGUCUCCCAAGCAUCUGGAACUGGGGGUAUCAGACUGGUCGUUGACUGGAACUGGCCCAUCAUCGACGCAGUCUCCAUCGAGGGAGCGUAUACGGAAGGAGACUUCCACUCGUUCUAGGCCCGCGAAGACAACCAUCCGCAUUUCCCACAAUGCUGGCGACAGGUUCAUCCCUAAUCGUACUGCAAGUGAGGGGCUGGCAACUGCUGGUGCUGCUAAGCCUGAAGAGCAUCAGAGAUCCAAAUCCUCAUCUAGUGAGGGUUCAGCCGUCCUUGCUAAUGCUGUCAGUGCCUUCGAUAUUGGAGGCCGCAGCGCGGAGGAAGACAUCACUGCAGCUCUUGAUAACCUUGGCUUAGACGACGAUGAGUCCUCGACUACUUCCUACAAUCGACCAGCACCAGACGCUGUUGCUUAUGAAUCCUCCUUGGCUGACGCCUGCGGCGUGAACCUCAAUACUCGUAUCUUGGCGUUCAAGCCCCCGCCACCCGAGUCGUCAAAGCCCAUUGAUCUCCGUGCUCAGUACAACCGUCCCCUCAGGCCAACAAAAUCUAAAUCGGCUCAAUUCCGACGGAGAGUUCAAACUGCUCCAGAGAGAGUCUUGGACGCACCUGGCCUUCUCGAUGACUACUAUCUCAAUCUCUUGGACUGGAGCUCUGGUAACCAGGUCGCCAUCGGCCUCGAACGUAAUGUCUACGUAUGGUCUGCUGAUACCGGAUCUGUGAGCUGCUUACUAGAAACCUCACCGGAUACCUAUGUGAGCAGUGUCAAAUGGAGUGGCGAUGGCGCCUAUGUCGGUGUUGGUCUUGGCACAGGUGAGGUGCAGAUCUGGGACGUCGAGGAGGGAACCAAGCUGCGAAGCAUGUUUGGCCAUGACUCCCGUGUCGGCGUCAUGGGGUGGUCCAAGCAUACGCUGUCCACUGGUGCCCGCAGCGGUCUCGUUUUCAACCACGAUGUCCGCAUUGCUCAGCACAAGGUGGCCGAGCUCGUCUCUCACACCUCGGAGGUCUGCGGUUUGGAAUGGAGAUCUGAUGGCUCCCAGCUCGCCACUGGUGGAAAUGAUAACCUGGUUAAUAUCUGGGACGCUAGAUCCCUGAGCGCCCCGAAAUUCACCAAGACGAACCACCGCGCCGCCGUGAAGGCUCUCAGUUGGUGCCCCUGGCAAUUGAACUUGCUUGCCACUGGUGGUGGUUCCUACGAUCGUCACAUCCACUUCUGGAACACUACGACUGGUGCUCGGACCAACAGCAUUGACACGGGCUCUCAAGUUACCAGCCUGAGGUGGAGCAACCACUACCGCGAGAUCGUCAGUUCCAGCGGAUUCCCAGACAACUCUCUUAGCAUCUGGAGUUACCCCACCCUGGUCCGCAACAUUGAGAUCCCUGCUCACGAAACCCGUGUCCUGCAUAGCUGCUUGAGCCCCGACGGACAGAUGCUUGCUACAGCCGCUGCGGAUGAAAGCUUGAAAUUCUGGAAGAUCUUCGAGCGCAAGCCUGGGACAAGUGCAGCAGCGUCUCGUGAAGGUGGAGUUGGCAGCAAAGGAGGAAUGAUCAAAUCGAUGACGAUCAGAUAG